AUGCCUAAAAAUUACCAGCAUGUUCUUGCCUUCAUCUUUGCAAUUCAAGAGAUCAACAUGAAUGACCACCUCUUACCCAAUAUCACACUGGGAUUCGAAAUCUAUGACAAUGUUUUCAAUCCGCUGAUAGCCGUUGAGAACACUCUGCAGUUCCUCUUCACAGGGCAGGGGAAUCCCUUGAAUUACAACUGUGACGGGAAGCAGCAGCUAGUCCUUGCCAUUGGUGGGCUCACCUCCCCAAAUUCCAUGCAGAUGGCCAGUGUCUUCAAUACCUACAAGAUCCCACAGCUUCAUGCUUUUCUGAGCAAUAUCCAUUUCAACAAUAGUGCUGGGGAAGAAAUCUUUUUUGAUGAGGAAGGGAGCCUGCCAUCAGGAUACGAUAUCAUCAACUUGGUCACAUUCCCCAAUGACACCUUCCAGAAAGUCCAAACUGGAAGGAUGGAUUCCCUGGCUCGUGAAGGAAAAAGGUUCACCAUGGAUGGAAGUGCUACUGUAUGGAACCACAAGUUUAAAGAGAUGCAGCCCCGUUCCCGAUGUGUUGAGAGCUGCCAUCUUGGAUCCAGCAGGAUUGCCCAGCAGGGAAGACAAGUUUGUUGUUAUGAUUGUGCUCACUGUCCUGCGGGGAGGAUUUCAACACAGACCGAUGCAGACCAGUGUGAGAUGUGCCCAGAAGAUCAAUGUCCAAAUGAGAAACAGGAUCAAUGCAUCGCCAAAACAAUGACCUAUUUAUCCUAUGGAGAACCCUUAGGAGCAAUUUUGAUUUCUUUUGCUCUUUUGUUUUCCCUGAUCACCUUUGCUGUGAUUGGAAUCUUUGUUCUGCUCUCCAAAACUCCCAUUGUGAAAGCCAAUAACUGGAGCAUUACUUGUACCCUUCUCUCCUCUCUGCUGCUUUGCUUUCUCUGCUCCUUCCUAUUCAUUGGUCAGCCUAGGAAGGUGACCUGUCUCCUCAGACAAACCGUGUUUGGCAUCACCUUUACUGUCGCAAUUUCCUCUGUGUUGGCUAAAACCAUCACUGUUGUUCUGGCCUUCCUGGCCACCAAGCCAGGAAACAGGAUGAGGAGAUGGAUAGGGAAGAGGCUGGCAGUAUCGGUCAUCAUUCUCUGUUCACUUAUUCAAAUUGGCAUCUGUGCUGUGUGGCUGGCAAACACUCCCCCUUUCCCAGAGUUUGACAUGCACUCUCAGAUCAGUGAGAUCAUUGUGCAAUGCAAUGAAGGCUCAAACACCAUGUUCUACAUCGUCCUGGGCUACAUGGGUUUUCUGGCCAUCAUCAGCUUCACUGUGGCCUUCCUUGCGAGAAAGUUACCAGAUAGCUUUAAUGAAGCCAAGCUGAUCACCUUCAGCAUGCUGGUCUUCUGCACUGUUUGGAUUACUUUUGUCCCAAGCUACUUGAGCACCAAGGGGAAAUACAUGGUGGCUGUGGAGGUCUUCUCCAUCAUGGCCUCUAGUGGUGGACUGUUGAGUUGUAUCUUCCUCCCCAAAUGCUACAUUAUGAUUCUUAGACCUGAUCUGAACACCAGAGAGCAACUAGUAAGGAAACAAUAUUGA